UUCCUGAAGUACUGAUCAUUCUUACAUUAUCUCUGUCAUAUAUUUAUAUCUGUUCAUCACUGAAAACAAGUAAGCUAUUAGCUAUGGCCUCUCUCAAACUUAGACUUAUCCUUCUUGGCCUUCUUCUUGCCAUUUUCUUGCUUUCUUCUCCAGUACAUUGUGAUGACGAUGAAGAUGAUCUUUUCAAAUGCCUGAAUAGUCACAGGGCAUAUUUGGAUCUCCCAACUUUAGUUAACAACGAGGAUGCAGAAUGUCUCGCCGGAGAAGUUGCCAAGGAACUGGAGGACCAACCAUGUAACGGCAGCCACCCAUUACAACUAGACGAGCAUACUGAUCUAUUAUCGAAAUGCGACAUUAACAUUAGUCACGCUAAAGAAGGUGUCGUUUUGCCUGUUUGUGUGCCUGAUUUGGUUCCAACUGUAGUUUUUACUAAUUACACACGCACCCACUACGCCAAAUAUAUAAACGAUUCCAAAUUUGCUCAAGCUGGAGUUGGCAGUAAGGGUGACUGGAUGGUUGUCGUUUUGGGUACAAACAGUACAGGAGGUGACUUUGCAGCAGCUGCUUGUCGUUUGGUUUCUGCUGCUGGUUUUGGUCAUUGCUUGGUAUGUUUGUUGUUGGGGUUACUUGCCUUGUGGUUCUAAUAAAUGCCUUGCAAUAGGAUAUUGAGAGGAAAUUUUUUUUUUUUAACUAUUAAUUUGGUGAAAUUGUGAUGUUUUCUUAAUUUAAUUGGAUUCAAGUCUGUGUAUUUGUAUUAAUUGUCUUGUAAUUCUGAUUUGUGGUUACUUCUAUUGUGAUUAUGCUUAUAAUAAAAAAGCAACAUUGAUAUAUAA